AGAGUAAAAGGGGGGAAAUAAAAGGAGAAAAACAUGAGGUGAAAGGGGAGGUUUCUUGUGGAUGGGAAAAGGAAAAGGAAACAGUAAGUACGGAUCUUCCCUCAGUUAGGAGAGCCACAUAGUAAUAAUAAGAAGAAGAAGAAUCACACAACACAUAACAUCUCUCCUCUCUCUCCUUAUACUGUUUGAUCCCCAUUUUGACUCUGUCUCUUACUCCCCUUCCCUUCACAUAUAUUACUAUUUCUCUCUCUCUCUCUCUCUCUCUCUUAACACAAAAUCUGAAUUCUACAUUGAAAUUACAAGCUUAUUCCACCGCUAAAAGAAUAAAAGCAGCUUCGAUCAAGAGAAAGCAUGGAGAUUGCUGCUUACAAACCCUAUGGUGAUCAUGAGUUCGAAUCACUCAUUGAAAGAAUUCACCCUCCCAGGGUGUGUAUUGAUAAUGAUUCUUGCAGAGACAGCACUAUUGUGAAGGUUGAUAGUGCGAACAAACACGGUAUAUUGCUGGAGAUGGUCCAAGUGCUGACGGAUCUGGACCUACUGAUUCUAAGAUCAUACAUAUGCUCUGAUGGUGGCUGGUUAAUGGAUGUUUUCCACGUGACUGACCAACUUGGAAACAAAAUCACUGACGAAAGCCUCAUCCACUACAUCGAACAGGCUAUUUGCGCUAGUAGAAGAGGGCCCAGGGAAGUCCAAGCAUCUGUUGGUAGAUAUGUAAGGCCCAGGCAUGUCUCAAUGGAGCACACAGCUAUGGAGAUGACGGCGACAGAUAGACCAGGACUAUUUUCUGAGAUAUCUGCUGUGCUGGCUGAGUUGGGAUGCCACGUCUCUGGUGCCGUGGCAUGGACACAUAACAAUCGAGCAGCAUGCAUCGUUUACAUGGAAGAUGAACUGAAGCAUGGGACAAUGCUGGAUCCCUAUCGAGUGGCCCAAAUACAGGCCCAACUGGAGAAUGUUGUUGAGGCCCACCAUUAUGAAGGAGAGCGACAAAGUGUGAGGUUGGCUGCCCCUGCACCUAGCCAGACCCAUACAGAAAGGCGGCUCCAUCAGUUGAUGGCUGCUGACAGAGACUAUGAACAAUGUUGUUCUUGUGGUUAUGACUCAAGUGAAGAUGUAGCACAGAGGCAGAAGGAGGGAUGUAAUAGCACAGAAGUGAAGAUAGAAAACUGCAAGGAGAAGGGCUACUCCAUUGUUACUGUGAGGAGUAUAGACAGACCCAAAUUGCUAUUUGACACCAUCUGCACCUUGACAGACUUGCAAUAUGUUGUAUUCCAUGCCUCCAUCAGCUCUUUUGAAUCCAUUGCCUUUCAGGAAUACUAUGUGAGACACCAGAAUGGAUGGACUUUGGAUUCAGAAAGUGAAAGAAGUCGAAUGACCCAAAAUCUGAAGGCUGCCACUGAGAGGAGAGUAUCCCAUGGAUUGAGGCUGGAUGUUACUACUCAAAACAGGGUAGGAUUGUUAGCAGAUGUCACGAGAGUGUUUCGGGAGAAUGGAUUAUCCAUAAGCAGGGCUGAGAUUGGGGUACAGGGAGAGCAAGCAGUUGGCACAUUCUAUGUAAAAGAUACUUCAGGGCAAGCUGUUAAUCCAGAAACCUUGGAGAUAGUAAGACGAGAAAUUGGAGGCACUGUCCUGGUGGCAAAUGAAUUCUCAGGGAGGCCAUCUUCUCAACCAUCUACUUCGUCAAAUACAAGCCCUAGCAUAAGCAUAAGCAGUAGCAGCGGCAAGCAAGACGACAAACCUGGCUUCUCAUUAGGAAGCAUGUUUUGGUCUCAACUUGAGUGGCUUUCCAGCAAUUUCAGACCUAUAAAAUCCUAAGAUUCCAAGUAGUAAUCUGAAGACCCUAGUGUGUUUAUGCCAUAUUGCAAGUAAAUAGCAACAUCCAUCUGUAAAUAAUUAGUAACUCUUGUAGAUAACAAUAGACAAACGGUACAAUGUACGUAUCUUAGCAGCACAAAACCAUUGGAAGUUCGUCAACCAGUGGUGCAUCUAUCAACUACUCCCCCCUCUUCUAACAUGUAUCUGCAAACUGGGAACUGAUGAAAGGGAAAGUGACAUCCUAUGAACUCCAUUUA